AUGAAGGCUCAACCGAUCGAUCCGGACCUGACGGCGAAGUUGCUCGGCCGCGGCGUUGCCGUAUCGCCGGUGGUGACCGUCGAGCCGCGCCGCCGCAAGUUCCACAAGGCCAUUACGCUGAGCAUGCCAGCGCCGCGUGCCCACAGCCAGGGCAUGAUCAACCAGUACUCGGGCAACGCGCCGACGCUGCGUCUGCUGUGCUCCAUCACCGGUGGUACGACGCGUGCUCAGUGGGAAGACGUGACCGGAUCUACACCGCUGACCUUCGUCAACGACUGUGUCUCCUUUACGACCACUGUGUCCGCCCGCUUCUGGCUAAUGGACUGCCGAAACAUUGCCGACGCGACCAAGAUGGCGACCGAACUGUACAAAGAAGCCAUACACGUUCCGUUUAUGGCCAAAUUUGUAGUUUUCGCCAAACGUACCGACCCGCUGGAGGCACGCCUCCGCGUCUUCUGCAUGACAGAUGACCGCGAGGACAAAACUCUCGAGCAUCAGGAACACUUUACCGAAGUCGCCAAGAGCCGCGACGUGGAGGUUCUGGAGGACAAGCCGCAGUUCAUCGAGCUGGCCGGCAACCUCAUCCCGAUCACCAAAUCCGGCGAGCAGCUGAGCCUGCCGUUCAAGGCGUUCCGCGAAAAUCGGCUGCCAUUCUCGGUCCGCGUGAAGGAUCAACACGCGGACAUCGUUGGCCGGACCCUCUUCAUGCGCGAGCCGAAGAUCGCCAAGGGUGAACCACCCCAGCAGCCGAUCUGCAUCCUCAACAUCGUACUUCCCGAGACGAUCAUACCCGACCAGGUCACCACCAUCGAAGACUCGCAGGAGAUUGUGGUCCGCGUUGGACGCAGCCGUGCGUCGCCUCGCGACCAAAACUACCUGGGCGAGCUGCGAGUCGUGGACAUUUCCAACCUGCUCGGCGAAGACUGGGUCAAGCUGGCGCCGGAAAUCGGCGUCAACGAAACCGACAUCGACAACAUCAUCGCGCAAAAUCCGACGAGCAGUGCCCAGCAGGCCCAGGCCAUGCUCAAGCUGUUCCAGGCCAAGGCCAAGAACGACUUCAACAUCUUGGAAAACGGACUCCGCACGAUUCACCGGGACGACAUCGUGGACCGGUGCAUGCGAAGCGUGGAAACGACCACCUCGACCACCACGACCGUCACCAUGCGCAACAAGACGGCCUUCUCGAUAAGCAAGCGAAGCCACGACGUGGACAUCAUCGCCGAAUCGGACUCUAUUACGAAGUUGGUACAAAAAGACGAUAACCAAUACGCUAAGGAGCAGUCCGACAAAUAUUCGGUGGAAGAAAAGAGCGUCGAGGAAUCCGACGAAUCGGAGGAGGAAGCCAUCAAGAAAACCGUCGCCGAACGUCGGAAACAGAUCGAGAAGCGACUGUCCGCGGACCGGUCGAUCCCCGCGUCGGCCCAGAAGAAGGAAAUCAAGGAGGAGAUCAUCACCAUCAAGCGCACCAGCCUGAUCGACGACACCCGAGCACGUCACGAGGAGGAAAUCCUCCUGCAGAAACCAAUCGACAACUCGUACAAGUCGACGGUCAUACCGGAGACGGUGGUGAAGCUGAAAACGACCGUCCUCAAAGACACCGUUGCGAAAGAUGAGUUCGAAAAGGAGCUGCAAGAUAAAUUCAAAGCGACGCUCAAGAACGUCGAAGAGUUCGAGCACAAAUCCCAAGUACUGACAGCCGAAAAGGUAGACACCUCGGCAAAGAUUGUGAACGAAAUCACAAAAGAAGACUUGAAGGAAAUGCUUCCCAAAGAUGACGAAAAACCAAAACAAGACGAAAAGAAACCUGAAUCCGACGGAGACGAUGACGACGACGACAACGCACCCCAGCCGAAGGAGCGAGCUCCGAUCCCGGCCAAGCGAAUCAGCAUCUCCCGCGAGGCUGCCAUCGACGAAGGUGCCGCCGUCGUGUCGGAAUCCAUCCGGAACGUGCAGGAAAGAAUAUCCUCGUUCGAAACCAAGUCUACCGAAUCUAGCAAGCGCACAAGCACCAGCAGCUCCAAGCAGUGGUCCGAAGAGCUGGACGUGCUGAUCGCUCAGAAGGGGCAGCUCGAGCAAGUGGAGGAGAAAUUGAUGGACCAGCAGGCUCCCAAAUGGGGCGAGGAGGACGAGACGAUGCCCCAGCAGAAGGAAAUCGAAGCCGCACCCAAGUGGAGCGAAGAGGAUGAGAUCCUUUCACAGCAGAAGGAACUUGAAGCUCUGGAUAAGCAGAUUGAUUCUGAAGUAGCGGCAGAAAAGUGGAGUGAAGAGCAGCAGAUUCUAGCCGAGCAGAAGGAGCUCGAAGCUUUGGAGAAGAAGUUUGAAGCGGAAUCAGCUGCCUUAGAGACCGCUGAGAAGUGGAGCGAAGAAGAGCAGAUUCGAGCCCAGCAGAAAGAACUCGAAGCUCUGGAGAAGAAAUUCCAAGCGGAAUCAGCUGCCUCGGAAAUCACUGAAAAGUGGAGCGAAGAAACGCAGAUACUAUCCGAGCAGAAAGAGCUGGAAGCUUUGGACAAGAAGUUCCAAGCGGAAUCAGCUGCCUCAGAAAUCACCGAAAAGUGGAGCGAAGAAGAGCAGAUUCUAGCCCAGCAGAAGGAACUGGAAGCACUGGAGAAGAAGUUCCAGUCUGAAACUGCUACAGAGAAGACACAACUACUCGAAAAAUUCGAGUCCAAAUUCCAGGACAUCCAGUCAGAAGUCGUCAGCAAGGUCGAAGAAAAGACCACGAGCUUCACAUCGAAGGGAGAGUCAUUUGCAGAAUCCUUCAAAUCAGCGGCAACCAAGUUUGACGGCCUAGGUGACACCUUCCGCCAGGAAGUGAAGGAAUUCUCUACGCAAAGCUCUGAAACAAAAACCUUUGUCGAUCAAAAGGUAGACAAGAUUGUGACGGAAAUCCGUGAUUCCGAAAUUGUUUCCGAGACAAAAGAAUCCCUGCAGCAGAGCAAAGCGUCGGUAGAUCAAGCCGCUCAAGCUCACGCUAAAGAGACAGUAAUCAGCUCGGAAGAGCCAAAGCCCCAGAUUCAGGAAGCGUUCACCAAGGAGAGCUUCGAAAGCGUACGCGAAGAAACCGUGAGCAAAGAUUUGAGCGGAACGCUGAAGGAGUCCGUCGAAAAGACGAAGACUGAGAUCGAAACCGGUGUGCGUCAGGGAGAGGAAGUGAUCGCGGAAAAGAUGUCCGAAAUUGGUGAAGAAUUUAGACGCGUCGAAGAAACGCCCACGGUCAAGCCGGGUGAGAAACCAUCCAUCGUGGAGACGAUCAGCAAGACGGUUACGCAGGAAGUGACUUCGAAGAUUCCGGUGCUGAGCAAACGAGCCUCGCCGGAAGAAGCGCCCGUGGCAAAGGAGGAGCCGAUUAAGGAACCCGAGGUGAAGCAGUUUGUUGAAACCAUCGUAGAGGACGCGCAGGCCGCCAUCAAGCAGGUCGACUCGACUGCUUCGAAAAUUCCACGGUUCGACAGCAGCAAAACAGCUCCCGCCAAGGUAGAACCAGCUGCGGCCAAGUCGCCCGAACCGGAGGUGACCUUCUCGAAGAUCCCCGUGUUCAAAGAUCGCAAGGUAUCCGAGCAGUUCUCCAGCGACUCGUGCGAAACCGUGAUCAUGCAGAAAACGCUGCGCGAGCAAGACUCGCUGCUCAAGUCGGACAGCGACGAGCGACCGCUGGAGGCCACCGUCGAGGAAGCCGAAAUCUCCAGCCGCGAGGUCAAGGAAGUGCUCAGCUUUACGACCAUCGACGAAACCGUGCUGAACGAGCUGAUCACCGAGGAUCAGCGGGCCGUCACGCCGGACGAUUUCAUCGACGAAAUCAUCGAGGAGGCGCACGAUACGGUCCAGCAGCUGCAGCAGCAAACCGACGGCACCGCGUACAGUCUGGAGCUGAGCAAAGACGAAGAAGAUGCUCAGGAAAAGUCGCCCCACCCGAUCCCGGAGUACGUGACCGAGCGCCAUCUGCAGGACGAAGCCGACGAUGAUGACGACGAGCAGGAGCACGAACAGUGGCAAGACGACGCGUACUCGCUGGUACCGGACAAUGCCUCCACCACGGACCUGGAAGCGUUCCGGGAGUACCACUGGUUGGAUACGCCAGAUUCGACGACCCCCGCCGCAACUACCAAAGGGUCUGCGCGAGAUCACGGCGAUGAACAUGGGCAGGGUGGCGUCGUACUGGCGUCAACCGAAGAUUUGGACACCAUGAGUUUGCUCCACUCGCCGUUGGACGCCGGCGACGUCGAGCACCAGACACAGGCGAAGAAGACAGAGACGUCAACGACGCGUACGACCAAGACUCGCAAAGACUUUAACCUAGACUUGGACAUGGACGCAAACACUCCGAAGAAAACUGAACGCAAGGCCCGCUUUGAGACGCACUCGAACCGUGGCACCUCUCCGAUGACAGAAAUCGUAGAAUCGCCGGACAGUGUACACCGGUACGGACGGGGCGAAUCGCCGGCCAUCAAGCUGGUCAUAGGACGCAAGGAAAUCAAAACCUCCGACACGUCCGCCAUCACCGAAAGCCGUCUCACCAUCUACGGCCACAAAGAUGUAGACAUUUCGAUCAGCUCACAGUCAACGAUCAGUCUGACCACUACGACAACGUCCAAAGACGGCCGCGAAGUGAGCUCCGAAGUUAUCAGCACCGGCACAUCGGCAAAGGAAUCCACCACCACCAAACGGUACAAGCAGUUCAAACUGAUCGACGACGACCUUCAGGACACGUCAGAACGCGUCGAGCGAAAACGGGACGAUACGGUGUCGUUCUCCAAGAAGAAAAGUGUUUACCUCUUCGGAAGCUUCGACUCCAGCAGCGAAUCUCCGAUCACCGAAGGCAGUGGCUCCGGGCACGUAACCGACACCGGAAUCUCCCUAACUCGGGGCUUCACCGAAACCAUGACAUCGCCAGGCAUUGUGUCCACCUCGGAGGAAAAGAACAAAAAAAUCAGCAUCGUCACCGAUACGGCCGUCGACGUAGAAAUCGAAGAGCUCGAACUGACCGAUGCCGGCCUGAGCCCAAUACAACCCGACGAAACCGACGUCACUGCCGACUUCCAAAUGGCGGAAGAAGACGUGCAGUACACACACAUCGGCACGAGUCCCGUAGAUUUCGAGGAACACUCCGUUUCCGCAGCGCUCGACACCUCCGAAGCGGCCACGUUGACCGACCGGGUCGAAACAAAGGACGCCUCAAACAGUCCCGUCGACGCAAACAUAACCUCAAUCCUAAAGCGUGACAUGACCAAAAUUACCGACGAAGAACUGCUCACCAGUCGACGCAGCUCGGGCGAUGUCAAAGCCAAGAUCAAAAUACUGGAACAGAAUCAGAAAAUCCACAGCGCACAAAGCUCACCCAAGAAAAAGGUGGAAUUCGAAGAUUACCAAACCAAGACCGACGUACAGGACUCCCCCAAAAAGCAAAAAACAGCCUCCGCCAAGAUAAACGAACUGAAACGUAUUUUCGGCGAGGAGGAAGAACCCGAAGAAUCGAACAUAAUGUCAGAAUCAAUUCCACCGAUUCACGAAGUCAUCAAACAGCUCGAGAAACGCAUCGCAGUCGAGCAAAUCGAUCGAAAGGUCAUCGAUCAAAUAGACGGCUCAGCCAUUCGUGUGUUGCCCCCAGCGGCCAAGAAGGAAACACUUACCGAGCGCGAUUUGGUUGAUCUGGAAGCCCAAAUCAUACCGGAAGAAAAAAUCGUACCAAAGAAGGCACCCGCGCCAGUUGAUGCAACGGAGGAAGAAGUCAAGCUCACGAAGCUCGUUCAUGGUGUACAGCAGCUUGGGCUGCAAGAGCAACGCCAGCGUCAGCUGGAAGAACAGCGCAAACAAGCCGAAAGCAUGGCCGAACUGGAUGAGCCAGUGUCUGAAGCCAAGCCAGAAGAGGAUGAGCCAGCUGAAGAAUCAGAAGAAGUUGUGACUGAAGUCACUGAAGUCACUGUAACCAAACUUGACGAAAAGAUUGUUGAAGCAAAGGCCAUUUCUCCGGUGGUCGAGGCCAAGCCUGUUGAGGUUGAGAAACCAGCUUCACCAGUGUCUGAAACCAAGCCAGAAGAGAAUGAGCCACAUCUGCAAUCUGACUUUAGAGAAUCUACUGAAAUUGAUGAAUCUGAAAAGACCGACUCAAAAUUGGACAAGAAUUUAUUAGAACAUUCGGAAAAACAUAGCUUGAAAUUGCAACUAAGUGAAACAUCGCUUGAAACCGAACAAACCUAUCAAGCGGAAAUUUUAAGAAAAACUAAGGUACUGGAAUCUGGCCACGAUUUUGAAGCAUUCAAAAGUCGUGAAUCAGAUGCGGAACGAGCCGAAAAGCUAGAACUCUCCGCACCAUCUGAUCCUUCAGAUAUUUCGGAAGAACUCAGGAAGGACGAGCCACGAUUCGAAGAUACAAGGAAGAGUUCGCUUUCUGCCGUGGAGGGUUCAUUAUAUGACGACGAUUCGCCGUUACUGACCGACUUUACGACUUCAUCGAUCACGUAUGUUAGUGAACGAAUUGAUUCGUCUUCGCUUGAGCUGAUGGCCGGAGACAGUUUCGCAGAUUUUCUUAAGGUAACGACAUUGCCCAGUAAAACUGAGGAUAAAAAGGUAGAAGCACACUCACCGAGUUCGUGCGUUUCUUAUGCAACGACCAUAAGUGAAACAAUUGGAUCGUAUACACAUGAAAUGGACAGAGCAGAAUAUACCGGUGGAUCAAUUCAGCAAGAUGUUCCGACCGAGUAUGAACGUUCGGUUUCCAUCAGCGACAAUGCUGCAUCAGAUUUCUCAACUGAGUCAGCCACCAAGUAUAAUUUACCCUACGACACUGAAUCGGACAGCCAUGAGAUCGGUACGGGUUUGGCAAAACAACGAGAUGAUAGAAUGAAAAUCGAAGAUUCGCAAGAAAUAAAGCAAGUGAAAUCGUGUAAACUCAUGUCAAUUGAUCCCCGCCAUGAGUCUGCCUCGCCACAAAGUGAUGUUACGGAAUAUACGGAGAGUGUAUCAUAUGUAGAGUCAAUUAUUGACAGUACAAAUUACGACAACGCCUUAAAGCUGAAGGAAAAACAGAAAGAAUUGCAAAAGCAGGACGAAAAGGUCGAUACUCAGGAAAAGUUUAUGAUUGAUGGCGAGAAAGAGGAAACAAUGAGAGUUUCUAGCAUAAAAUCCGUUGCCGAAAAGAAGGAACAAACUCAGGUAAAGAAAAAACCCAAAACAAAAGCCACUGUAACUAAAUUAAGUCUACAAAAGCAAACGCCUAUUGAAAUUUCGAAGCAAUCGAGCAAAACCGUUGAUAUCAAGUCUGGUUCCAAGAGUGUCGAAUACUCGUCCAGCACAAGUCGGACAACAACGGUUACUCGCUCAUACACCAGCACCAGGACGCACGGUUAUAUGCAAUCAACAUUGUCGCGGGACCAAAAGGUAUUGAAGCCGCUUAAUCUGACUGAAUCGACGCAUUCUUCACCCGUGAGAUCUACCUAUCGCACCACCUCGACGACGACAACAACUACGACUGCGCAGUCUGCCGUCGAGAAGAAAGCCAGAUCUUCCAGAGAAACUUCCAGUAGCAGAUCCGAGGCGACUGCCACAAAGCCUGUCAGCAAGUCUGAACCAGCCUCCAGUUCAAGUGCUGUGAAAAAACAAGAGCCUAAACCAGCUGUGCAAAGCACCAAAUAUACACGAACUUCUGCCGAUCGUUCAGACCGAACAGGAGGCCGUUCGUCGUCUUCGUCCGUCACCAGCAGCACCAGUCGCUAUCACCGCUCCAGGAAGUCAUCCGAGCCGACCGACAAACCACAACAGGUGACGAUCAAAAAGGCCGACAAGGAUCAAGCUAAUAUUGCUACCAAAACAACCACCACUGCUUCCAAAAUGACAAAAGAGCGCGCCAACAAAAGCUUGAUUCCGGUCAAAGUGCAGCCAAGUGGCAAAGCAUCACCGAAAAAGGAACCAGCAGUGAAGAUGACCGUAGAUAAAUCCCCAGCAAAAACCCCGAGAAAACCAUUAGAUGGUAGAACUAAAGAAACUGUGAUAGUAAAGACCACUAGUGCCAGGUCUUCUGAUGUAUCCACCGAUGUGCAAAAGAUUACGUCCACGUCCAGCAAGAUCGGGUUCGUCAAAACCGCACCACGGUUGACGAAAACAGUACACACGUCCGGUGAUUCGAAGCGCGAUGAUACGUACCGGUGCAAAUCUGCCAUGCACUAUUCGUACAAAGAUGCCGUUGCGUUCGACCACGCAGAGAUUCCGUCUUCGUUGCCGUCUAGUCCGAGCCGUCUCAAUAAGAGUUCCUCCAACAGUACAAAUGUUCUGACUAGUGAAGUAUUUACACGCACAAUCGACUCGUCCAAAUCUAUCGAAGUGAUUUACCGUCAACCGUCGACCUCGAACGAACUGAUACGUAAGAUCAACGAGUACCGCUACAAUGACAUUGACCUGACCACUGACUCUAGCCUGUCGGACUCGAUCGCGCUGCCGUCUUCGUCGUCCGAGCACGAGGGUGAAGGGCUGGGCAACAAACGCAAACGCUCCGGAAGUCCAGCAUCGCCCAAGGCUGCUCACACUACGACUUCGUCUGCGUCCUCGUCUACGACGACCACGACCCGCAAGCAGGCCCAAAUCAUGCAAUCAAGCGAGCAAAGAUAUCGCAAGUCGGACAUUUGGAUGCGGUCCGCCGGGCCAACGUCGUCGGAAGUGAUGCCCGACGCCGACGAUGAGAUCUAUCAGGCGUUGCACGCCGCCGAUCGACGCACGGUUGCAUCCCUCGACGCGAUCGUGAUGGAGAGUCGCAUCUCGCCGAUACUCGAUUUCCGUGCAUCGACACCGCCCCGUCUGAAGUAUAAGUUUGAUUACGAUAGUUCCCUGUUUACAGAUGACAAACAUGAAGAAGAUUUACACGCGUCAACAAGCUACGAAGGCGAAGAAUAUCUAAAUUUAGUACAGUCGGAAGCUAGUAACUUAGUUGAUAGUAUACUGGAGCAAAGUGUGUCGAUCGUCAGCCAUUCCCAGGCUCAGGGCAAUGGCAUCGGCGUCGACGCACAAGCCCAGUCCGAAAGUGAACAGUACGCGAUCCGUAGCGAUAUACUGUCCUCUAACGAGGCCGACCAGGUCGUAAAGUCGCCCACCAUUGAGUCUAUGUCCGGCAAGUCGUUCGACGAUAACAUUAGCAAUCCCGACUACGACAGUAGCGAGGCUAACCAGCAGAUGGCCGCAGCUACCGUGGGCAUUACCAAAACCGCUGAGGUAGUGGAACUAUGUCUGCCCGUUGGCGGUGACGUAAUGCAGCAGGAACGCCGCGACAAAAAGAUCGAGCGACGCUUCGCGCGUUUGUCGUCGGAAAUCGAGCCGGAAGAGUUGUCGGACAAGAACCGCGAAUACGACGAGGCCAUUGCCCAGAUCAAAGAUGAAGUUUCGGGCCUGCAGAGCGAAUUUUCCAAAAUGAGCUGGGAUGAGAGCAUGUCCGCUACCACCGGUGAUUUCGGUUCCAGCACGCCCGAUCACGACCUGCAAGAAACAGAUAUGCAACCACAAUCAGAAAUAACCAUUCCAAAGCCAACGCCGCGAUCGCAAUCUAAUCUGGCCGCUGAAGUUGCCACUGAUGCAUCCGCUGCAACUGCUAGUAGCAGCGUCACUACUACUACUGCCACGUCAACCACUACUGCUAGCUCUUCUGCUGCUGCUGUUGCCCCCUCACUAACCACAUCCGACGCGAUCGCCACGGUCAAAACCACGGAAGAACCCGCCUCCGGCGAACUGAGCGAGCUGUCCAGCAGUCAGGAGCCACUUCCGGUGCCGAAACCCCGCACCAGCAUCUCGUCCCGCACGGACACCCAGACGCGGUCCAGCAUCAUCGAGUCGUUCGACCAGCCGGAAGACUCGAUCGAGCAGUAUCCGGAACCUAGCAGCACCAACCAACGGCAGGAAUCGAUCACGUCCGAAGACCUGUCCGCGGCUGGUGGCGGCCCCCAGCGCAGCUCGAUUGAUUUUGAAACCAGCGAUGAAGAACAACCCGCGACCAAGUUUUACAUUGGUGAACGCAGCAGCGAUGUCAUUACGCGAACGUCCCUCGACAAACGCUCGGACUUUGCGUUCGACAACGUUGGCUACGAAUGCUCGCAGGAUUCGGGCGCGGAAGAACCUUCGGACAACUUUAAGGCGUUCCGCGAAAAGGUGCUGCAAGAGGACGGGUUCACGCUCAAGUCGCUGCAGGAGGUCGAAAGCGGAACGGCACUCGACGCAGAGGUACGAGCCGAGGUGAUCGAAGUCAUUGAGGGGGUCGCCGAAAAGCCGUUCGAACAUGAUUUCGAAAAACCGAAAGAAUCUGCUCGCCAGCCGGUUGUUCACUCUCCUAUCGAGCCACAGCAGGCAACGCUGGUCGAAGGUGCAGUACCCGCUAAACUGGAUCGUUUCGAGUCCGCAGAAGAAGUUAAAGAGCAAACAACAAAACGCACCAUCGACGAGCUGGUGAUCGAGAAAACGUUGGAAGAAAUCAAGGAAUCGCUCGACGCCGUGCAGGAAGAGUUGAUCGAAUCGGUCAUCGAUGGACAGCUUAUCAAGCAAUCCCCGUCGGAGUUUGAGUUCAAGGUGUUGCCAUCCAGCAAACACGCACAAGAUCCCAUCUACGAAGCACACCAGGAAGAAGUAGUACAGCAAGCGGUAACAACCACAACCCUCACGGAAACCAAGGCACCCUCUGUUGAAGAGCAAAAGGCCUCCGAUACCGAUUCGAAGGAAACAUCGUACGAGUCGGCAAAGCAGGAAGAACCCGCUGCCUCCGACAGCUCGGUAGCCAAACUGGAAAUAUCACCCCGGCCGCACCGAGCUUCGCAUCAGCCCAAGGGAAGCCGCUGGUCUGCCACCGAUAUCGACAGCUCCGGCGAAAGCCACUACCAGAGCUUCGAGCAUACCGACAGUAGCCGGCCGCUGUCCACCGACGUGGACAACCUGAUGCAGUACGGCUCAUCCGAGUACGAGACCGCGCAGGAUCAUUCCUUUAUCCCGGCAUCUACCGAGUUUCACAGUGCAGUCAGCACACUGAACUCGUACAACGCUGAAAGCUCGCACGACAGCAUGAAAAGUUUCGACUCGGAAAGUUCCGGCCACUUGGCGAGCAACGAGUCGGAGGCAACCGAAACGUUGGUCCCGUCCACGAUGGACAUUGAUUUCGACUCGUCGGAUGCAGCAGCGCUGAUUCAUGACGAUUCCGAGGAUGAUUUGCGCGAGAAGCUGCUACUUGACGACAAGGAAGAGCUAUCGUCCGUGUCCAGCGCCAUUCCGGUGGCGAUGAAACGUUCGCAAGAGAUGAUCUUUACAGCUGAUUUCAAGGAAGACAUGCUCGAGGAUACACCGGAUGUCUUCCAGCUGCAGGACGAGGUCGAACUGGUAGCACUGGAGCAAGCCGAGAAGCUUAGCUCAAGCAUUGGAAACGCGCUGGAUUUGGUUGAAGCGAUGAAGGCUUCCAGCUUGGAGGACGUCAAGACCGAAUGCAUCGAUGAUUCGAGGCUGGGCACAAGCAUGGAAGACGGAAGCAUUCUUUCCAUCAGCUUAUCGAGUGCAUCGAAUCUGGAAACCAUCAUGGAAAACCUGCCCGACAAGCUGGACAGCCUGCCUACGCACGUUGAAAUAGGACUGGAUGCAAUUACGCCGGUCGCUGGAAGCUCGAAGGACAUUCUCGGAGACAUUACACUAACGUCGACAGUUGUCAGGGAAGGUGAUGUGAACUUUUUAAACACGCAAGCUACAACCGAAAUUACCGCCGCUGUGAGCGAAAUCAAGGAGGUGACGGAAGAGUCAACCAAAAAACGAGGCCACAAACGCUCGGAAAGUACGGCCAUUACCGGGAAACUACUCGAGGAAAUUGCAGCCGAAGCGCGUGACUCGCUAGACUCGCAGGAGGAAUUUGCUUCGCAGGAAGCAUCCAAGCCGUCGAGUUUGGAACGCGACGAGGUUCGCGAAGAGUCAUCCGACUCGGAUUACGAUCGCUACGAGUCCGAGUACUCGCGUUCGUUCCGAGCUCCGCUGAUUCAGUCGCAGAAGAAGAAGAAGGACAUCAAAACCGAAGGGUUCGAGAUUGAGAUCGAGCACGACAGACGCAACUCGUUCUCGCCGUCGAGCUCGGUCAUCGAGACCAUCGUCGAGGAUGUCCACGCCGAAAUUGAACAGGGCGAUGAGGCGCAGCAGAUUAUGGAAAUCAAGAAGGAACAGUUGCAGGAAUACCAGCAGAGUUCUGCGCAGAGUAUCCCGGACAUUCAGGUGACCGAAGAUGUGCAACAGGGCGAGGUCACGGUCGUCAAGAAAGAAGUGGCUUCGAGCUCGAAAACGGUUACGGUCACGGAGCAGAGCGAUCCGAAAAUUCAGUUUGCCAAACAGGAAGAGUUUAAGAUCAGCGAAGAGCAAUACCAGGAGAUGAUCGAGCAGCGGUACAAGUCAAAGAUGGCUGACAUAACGACAAAGUACGAUUAUGAAGCGGACGAUAAGGAUGAUUCGGCGGGUUCGGAUUCGUUCGAGAUGCUGGAGCAGCCGGACAUUUCCGAUGAGUUUGUAAUUGUCGAGGAGGUGGCACGCGAAGCGCAUGAGUGCGAUACGGAAGGUAAGAGCGUCUCGAUCAAGCCUAUCAAGAAGGAGAAGAAACACGACGAGGAGGUGGAGAAGAUACUGGUCAAGUCGGCUCCGGCACAUACCAAUGCGGGAUCGAUGUACGCGAAUAUGCGCGAAGAUAUGAUGUAUCAGUUCGAGGAGAGUCCACCAACCGGCAGUGAGGAGGUUGAUCCUUCAGGGGUGACGAUGGAUCUCUUGAACAACGGAUAUCCACUGGAGGAAAGCAAACGGUGGGUCGAGAUGCAGCUGGCUGAAACGCAAAACUUCCGCUAUCCGUACGAGGACAGGCUGGAAGAUAUUAAGGAAGAGGACACUGAUUUUGAGGUUGGCAGUAGCCGGAUCGGCAGUAUUAAGGAUUCGUUCUCGAGCACACCGGAUUACGAUUUGUUGGCGAAGAGAUUGGCAUCCAGGGAGCACGAUGACAUCUCGAUGAGCAGUCUGCAGGAGUUUGAAAGUUUGGAACAGGUGAUCUCGUUGGAGAACCGUAAGAUGCAGCAGGGUUCGCAGGAUUCACUGAGCAAUGGAAGUUUCACGAAACGGUUCUUGGCACGUAGCCACGGUGAUGAUAUUAGCUUGUCUAGUUUGAAGGAAUUUGAGGGACUGGAGACUGCAUGUAUCGAAGCACAUUUAAUUGAGAUCAAGGCAAAGGAAGAAGCUGCACUGCUGUUGUCGCGAUCGGACGAAUCAAACAAAUCUGAUAGGUCGAACGGUGCAAAACGGAGUCCACCCACGAAUGGAGCGGUCGUGAAGGCAACUACAACGACAACAACCAUCACGUCGGGACCGGAGACGAGCACACGGGUUGAGACGAGAACCGUUUCCACUGAGGUAGGCAAAGAUACGUCAUCUACAACGACCACCGCUACAACGACCGUAACGACAAUCUCGCAGGAGAGUCAAGUCAAGCAUGCGUUUGAUGAGGAGGAUACCUCACAUUUACUGACCGUGUCCACGGAUAGUUUGCAAAAGCUCACCCAGGAUAAGGAAACACUCCCGUCGGCCCAUUCCAGCAGCGACAGCUUGGAGAUCAACAACAAGAACAAUGUUGACGCCAUGACCAGCAGCAUCGACUCGAUAGAGUUUUCCAGGGCCGGAGUCAUCACGACGCGCUCGUCACGGUCGGAUUCGAUCGAGCAGAUGGCACUGCAGCAGCCCCAGCGUAGCGACAGUACGGACUCGAUCGAGUUCCAGCAUGCAGUGAUGUCGAGAACUAGCGAAACCAAGCGUGACUCGCUGGACUCGUUGCCGUACAGUUCCGAAGCGAAGAGUGGAUUCAGCAGUCCAACGAAGCCGGUAAGUGGCCAACGAGUUGUGACGGAAAGCGUCGCCGUUGCAGGAACAAGCUCGAGCUAUCAGUACACCGCGUCGAUGCAAUCCGGCAUGACGAAGGAUAUCUCCGUGGAUUCGCUCACCGGACAGGACGCCUUCCUGACCAGCACCGAGAGCUUGGAGACCAGCUCGACAGCUACGAACGCGACCUAUCAGAACGAAACGGACUCGCAGAUGUCGUCGAGCGUAACCAGCUGCGGAUCGAUCACGAUGGUCGACACGCUGGACAACAUUGGAGAUUUGGACAACUUUGGGCUGCAGGAAAGCGUAACGUUCAUGAGCAGCAGCAGUACGGUGGCAAGCAGCUCUCAGCAACAGCAGCAGCAGCAGUAUCAACAACAACAACAGACGACCCAAAUACUACGCAGUACUUCAUCCACUACGUCUACGACUUCGACCACGGCCAGCGCCAGAGGAGAGUUUCCGAUUUCGGAAAUCGAACUGUUAAGUAGACAAAUGUAUCCAGGGGACUUGACACACGACGACACGAAGGUGUCGCCCAAGGAAAAGCUUCAAAGCAAAACGACUGAAAAGGAGGACUAAAUGACGAACUUCACUUCGAUAGAGCGUGCGCACGUGGAGAUUGUCGACUUUUGAUUUCCAAUCGCUGUGCAGCAAAUAAGCAGACAACCUAUUUCCAGCUAUUUAAACAUAAUUUACCCAUAAACUUAAAAAUAAAAUAAAAUCAACAGAGGCGGCAACAGCACUAUUAAAUCUACUGAAUUAUUACAAUACAAAAACUAAAAAAACACUGCGAAAUAACAAAACAGAAAACAAGUUGUAAAGCUUAGCUCAAUUUUUCGUUUUUAUCUACUAAUGAAUAACUGGAAAAGUGACCCAACCAAAAAAGAAAAAAAAGAACUGUGGAGAAUCCACUGCAGAAUUAAAUCUUAUCUCGUAUCUUAAACCAGAAGCUAGAGAACAAACAAACAAAAAAAAGAGAUAAUCGUAACUUAUCAAAAAAAAGAAGAGGAAGAAUCAGGCGAAUGACACGAACGGUCGAACCAGACACUAAAAUCGUAAAAUCGAAAACAAUCGGAACGGAGUUUUAUCUGCCGCUAGUCACGCGACGAAGGGACGAACUGGUCUAGCUUUGCCAGAAGAAGAAACAAACAAAAAAUGAUGAUAUUUAAGAAACUAUUGACUAAUGAAAAACCAAUGUACUCUAUUCACUCAUUUUAUCCCUGUAAUCUCUCGCUUUUUUGACCCAGUCAACGUAACCUUCAAGUUAGAAACUAAAAGAGAAACAAAAAAAAAACGAUAUCAUUGGAACACCUUGGUUAGCUUCGCAUUUGGUUUGCAAAAUAAAAAUUUUAUAAAACAACCAAAUGAAAACAAAAAAUGAAAAUAUUUUAUGUAACACAAUUGAACGUUAAGCAAGUAUAGCUAACACAUCGUACGCAAAGAAACUCUAACAGAAAGAAAAAAAAAAAACAAACAAACAAAAACUGCUACUGUGGCUGAAAGUGAAAUUGUUAACUUUUAUAUGUUGAUGAUGAGAAUAAAAAAAAAGGUAACCGAAAAACAAAACAGGCAAUGUUGUGAAAAGGAAAGAAGGGGAAAAACGGCAACCUCUAGCAAACCAAGUAUUUUACAUGAUAUUUAAGGUAACAAACAAAGCAUUGCAAAGUAAAACCAAACCAUUAUACUGAUUCGAUGUAAAAUUUGCGAAACUAUCAAAUAAACGCUUAAUAAAAAAUUAAAA